GCACAAUAAAAUACAGAAUUCAAAAUGGCGAGCUCUAUAGAUCUCAACAGAGCAAGAAAAAACUUAGCUGACGCUCUUGGGGAUUCAAUGAAACUGUAAGCCUUUAAAAAAAUAAAUAAAAUAUAAUUUGGAAGUUUAGUUAUGAUAGUUUGAUGAACCAUACGAUUAAGGACAGUAGGACUAAGCCUAAAGUGUUUUUGAGUUGUUUUUAAGUUAUUUUUCAAUCAAUGGCGACGGCACAGCAAGCAACGGCAUUAACGGAUAAUCUCGCUGAUUGUAGUAUUGUAGGAGCGAUUCAGUCAACUUUUACGAUAGAUUAAUUGUCACUUAAAUUUAUGUGCACAUUAAUGAUUCGCCUAUUCACAUGGAUAAAUUCUUCUGUCUGUCUCCCUCAAACCCCAUUUAUCUUAUUUAUUAAAACAAAAAAAUAUGUUGUUUCGUUCAUUAAGAAUUAAGACAUUAUCAUAUAUUUUGAUAUUACAUUUAAAUUUAUAACAUUCCCUCUCAAACCUUGUAGCCAUGUUUAAUCUCAGACUUAAAUUUUUAAAGUAAAUUUUAAAGAUAAAAAGUAAAAUGACUCACUAAGUCUACUACAAAUAAUGUUUACUUAGUUCGCAUGAGUAGUCUUGAACUUGACUUGACUUAGUCUUAGUGCUAAAAUAUAGUAUAGUUUAGUUCAACAAUGCUUAAAAAAGAUUUUAAUCAAUCUAAGUUACCUAUUCCCACUGUGAAGUAGGCCUAGGCUAUAUUCUAUUAAAAUACUACCCGUACUAGACUCAAAGUAAUCAAAGGUUAAUAAAGAUUAAAGUAAGUCGGCCUAUACUAAGUGGCUUAGGAAGGUGUUUUGGGCUCCCGCUGGCACUUUUUUUCUGAAUAUUGAGCAGCAGCAUUUUUCUGUUCAUGUAAAAGGGGGGUGUUAAAAUCUUGGGUUGCCCAGGGCAGCAUAAAAUUCGCUACGCCACACCACUGCCUAUGCUCAUACCUGGUACUGGUACUUAAAAUGAAUCUUACCAGAACACCAAACACCAACAAAGUGUAAGAUAAAAUUAGAUAUCAUUAUUUAACAAAUUAUGCCUAUUUGUAAAUGUACUAAGACAUAUAUAUUUUAUCAAAUUUACUUUUUUAAUUUACUCAUUUUUCUCAUUGUCUAUUACUUUAUUUAUUUAUUUAUUCAGGCAUUUUUUUAUAGCCCUUACCUUACAGCUCUAAGCGCUUUACAAUUAUUAAAAAUAUGUAAACUAUUUAAACUGCUAAAGUAAGAUAAAAAUGAAAAACCAGAGACACUUUAGCAUAUUAGGCUUGUAUUCACUUGAUUUAACCUUAACCCUUAGCCUGAAACAUUGAAACAAUAAGCAUGGAUUACAUUAAAUUAUAAUAUAGUUUUUAUACUUUCUGUUGACUUACUUAUAGUAUUCUAUUUAUAGAAUACUACAAGUAUUAACUACUAUAACUAUAAUAAAUUAUAAUAUAAUAAUAAUGUGAAUAUAAUAAAUUAUAAUAUAUUAUUUCACUCUAGGGCCAUAAAGUCAUCAAAAACCCUGUGAAUGUAAUUUAUUGAAAAUAUUUCUUCCACAGAUAUCUACAAAAUUUGAAUGCUUUUUUUAAAAGAAAGGUAAUAUUUUUUUUUAAUAACUUAAAAUUUACUUAAAACAUUACCCAUAUUUUUAAAGACGAUUAGCCAAUUCAAAAUCCAGCCAUUUUAAUCUUAGUAAGGCAAGUUAGUUAUGUCAAAUAAUUUAUUUAUAUGUUAAAUAAUAUCUAUUGUUAACAACUUGAUGUGUUUAGGUCAGAGAGCUCUUCUCAAUACAAAAUGGUUUAAACCAGACAGAAUUACUUUUUCUCCAAUCAUGACAAAUUAGACGUCAUGAAGCAUAUAAUUAUAUGAACCAUUGACUUAAAGCUUAUAAUUAUAAUUUAUUAUAGUUGUUUAAGAUAAGAUACAAAUAUAUUGACAUUCAUAUUAAUUUUUAAUUCAUAUUCUUUGCUAAUAUUACAGUAUAACAAAGAAGAAUUUGACUUUGAAGCUAGGAAGUUAAUGAGGAAUGAUACUGGUUAGUUUUUGUUUUUUUUAAAUUUUAAUUUCUUUAUUGCAGCAAUCUAUACUUGUAUUUAUCAGUUACAAAUCAGAAGAAAAAUUAUGUUCACUAAAUUAAAACAAUUACUUGUUAAAUUAAAAUCUGCUUUACCUAUGCAGUACAAUGGGAAAAGAUAGAAGAAACAUAAUUUAAUUCUAAAAUUUGUUCAAAUAUUACCAGAUUAAUUUUUAAAUCUCAUUUGACUUGUUGCAAAUUAUUAAUACUAUAUUUUAAACAAUGAUUGUAAUAUCUUCUUUUAGUUCAUCUUCACAAUGAGUUCCUUCUGGCAUUGAUUUCAAAAUGUCAAAUUCUUUCUUCAUCAGUCAGUAAGUAUUCCAAUUUAAAAUCCUUGCCCAAAAUUUAAUUUAUGCUCUCAAAAACAUUUUUAAGGCUGUUUAUUAAAAAAAUGCAUUUAAGUUAGUUAAUGAUCUGAUCUUUAAAGCUUGUUUAACUUAAAUUUCUCUUCAAAUUUCUCAGCCUCUAAAGACCAGGGCAGUGUUGGAAAAGCUCAGAAGUCAAGUAAAGUUAAAAAGAAACCCCCUGGUGGCCGAGCUAACUUGCAGGUACUUCUUGCAAUAACUUCUGUUUUUUUUUUUUUAAAUCGAAUUUAACCCUGAUUGUCUGUAAUAAUAAUUUUAACAUGAAACCUUUGAUUUUGUAUAUAUCAGAUUUGUAUAGAAUUUGACAAAUAUACCUUUCCCAUAUUAAAAAACAAACAUUUGUUUGAUAUAAAGUUCUAGAGUAGGGGUUCCCAAACUUUUUGACUCGCUGAGCCCAUUUCUAGAACUAGAAUCGAUUUCUAUGGGGGAACCCCAAGGCCUAAACAUUUGUCUUGAGGGGGCCAGUUAAGCCUACCAUAUAUCUUACAAGUAAAUAGCGCUUAGCAAUUUCAUGGAGCUGCCACAGAGCCCCUUUUGAGAACCACUUCCUUAGAGGAUUAUUAAUCCUCUAAAAAAAUUCAGUUGAUCACAAGUGUAUGUUGUCAACUCAGUUGAUCAUAAGUGUAUGUUGUCAACUCAGUUGAUUAUAAGUGUAUGGUGUCGAAUCAUCAAACAUUUCUGAAGGUAUACAUUAAAUAGCCUUUUGAACAUUGGAAUAAUUGAAAUUGUCUUGUUUAUUUGCUGUAAUUCAUGUUUAAAAUUAUUGCCUUUUUAGCAAAGGUUUAUCCAAGCUCAGACCUUGGAUUAUGUACCACAGAUAACAAGCAAAGCAUUAGAGGAAGGUGCUAGCCCCACACCUUUAGGUAAAUGAGAUUCUCUUAAUGGCUGAAAAUAAUCAUGUUUACAUUUAGAUACCAACAAUAUGUCAUCAUUUUAACAUAAACAUAUUUUAUCCUUAGCUACCAACAUGUAAUCAUUUUAACAUAAGCAUAUAAGUCAACUUCUUUGGAGCAGUAAUUGUCAUCCCAAUUGUCAUAAUAGGUUUUCAGUUAAUAUAUAGAAUAAUUGGAAGUAGGAUGGCAUCCAUCUUGAAAUCCUUUGAAAUAUGGCAAAAAUGAUAUUAUCCAUUUGAGUUUGAGAGAAAAUCUACUACUAACAGUUUGCUUGAAUACUGCUAAUCUCAGACACAUCUGACAUUUUUGUAAAUACAUGAAAAGGAUUUUAUUUACUGUAUUAUUAGUUUAUUUUAGUGUGUCAUAAGAUGAAAGAAAGAGCUGAAAUUUUUUUGCUCCAGAUGUUAUAACGAAAAGUUUUAAAAAAACCAAAUAGUUUUAAUCACAUCUGUAUUUAAACCUCAAUAUUUAAUUUCUGCUAGAAUCUGUCAGGCUAGGGGUACUUGAGUAUUAUAAAUGAUGGAGUCAUUAUAACAUCUUAAGCUGUUUUCUGGAUUGUGUUUGCGUAAUUUACCAGUAUGUUAAAUGUUACAGGAUUCAUAACCAGAGAUGGGCUACUGCCAGAUGUUACAAUGGUCCAUGGCCGAAUGCUGGUCUGUGCCUGGGAGACGGGUUUAUCUGAUGUGCAGGACAGUGCUGUGAAGCUUCUCAUGAUAGCACUGGAGGUCGGUAGGAGUAGACUCUUUUAUUUUACUUUAUUUUUUAAAGUUGGUUUGUAAGAGAACAUUGUUGUUUCUUUUAAUUUGCCUGUUUAUCUAUACCGCAGGACAGUAUUUAUCUUCACCAACCCAGUCAUUUCUUGGUUAUGUUAUUUAUUUUGAAUUAUCCUAACAUUAAAGAAGAAUGUCACAAAAGGAAAACGUACCACUGAAAUCAUUGCAGUAAAGUUAUGAUAUAUUAUAUAAAUGUCCCAUAAGUGACGCUAUUUCAGCCCACAUAAUGACUCACUAAGCCAGAAGUUAGGCCACUUGAGGCCACAUGAUCACUCCCUAAGCCAUAAGUAGGCUACUUGAGGCCACACGAUGAAUCACUAAGCCAUAAGUUAGGCUACUUGAGGCCACACGAUGACUCACUAAGCCAUAAGUUAGGCUACUUGAGGCCACACGACGACUCACUAAGCAAUAAGUUAGGCUACUUGAGGCCACACGAUGACUCACUAAGCCAUAAGUGAGGCUACUUGAGGCCACACGAUGACUCACUAAGCUGAAAUCUUACUGGUUUAGCUCCUGCUAUUGUUUCAUAUUUCCACAGACACAAAUCAAGAGCAUCCUUUCACUUGUUGUCAAACAGCGCAAGGGCUACAAGUUACGGGAAGGUAGAUUCACGUAUGCUGUUGGGAUUGGUGUCAAAAAUCCUUAUGCCAUGAGCGUGCAUGAUAGCACAGACCCAAGCUCAGAGAGGUAACCUUAAGGUCUUUACAAAACUGUAUUCUGUGACAAGUCAACCGGGGUCAUUUGGUGUAGGUGGUGAAAUAUGAUAGUUUUGCAUGUGAAUUGAUUUGAAUUACAGUAGAAAGUUCAAGCAGUUCCAUUGUAUCCCUACUGAAGAAAGCCAAGCUGAGAAAAAUGACUGUAUUUAAAAAUUAUACGAAAACCCCCCCCCAAAAAUUUUGUGAUAUAUUGAUAAAGAAGGCAUAUGCAAAUUAAUGUAUAUUAUCAUCCCUUGGUAUGGGUAUUUUUGAUACCGGGUAGUGGAAAACUUUUGCUUGAAUAGUCCAAAACUGAUCACACAAUUUUUUAAAACUAUUUUACUUAUAAUGCUUUGUCAACCACAGUUGUCAGAUUUAUCAUUCAAUAUUGGCAGUCGGUACAUUUUUGGAUUGAACAGGACUCAUGUUUGUCUCUUGUAAGGAAUCCCUCCAGAAAUCUUGCACUUGUGGGGAGAUGAAGCUGUAGAUAAUUGAACUCUUUCAAGUUAAAAUAGAGCUGUAUUUAGUUGACUUUCAACAUAAUUAUAAAGUAUUAUGUAGCAAAGCUGUCAUAACUAUAUGUAACAUUCAAUUAACAGCUUUAUUAUCAUUUAACAGCACUGCCACCACAAUUACAAGUAACUUUCAACACACUCCGAGCCUCCGCCCAUCAGUUGAAACUGGAGAUGACAUUGCUAUUGAACAAUACGCUCUGGGGGCUGAUCUUGCCGAGGAGGAGCUUGACCCUAUUUCUUUGUACGACUUGUCUGAUACAUUGAUGGUAAGUAUAUGGGUACGUAUGACUUGCAGCUUUAAAAAAUUAUUUUAGAAAUGUAAAUCACUUGUGAAAAGGAGUUACUUCCCUUUCUCAGGCCUAUAAAUUAAGUAGAAAGUAGCAUUGCCAUUGGGAGUAACGUGAGUAGUUCUGAUCAGUUUGUCCUUUCUGAAAUGUCUUCAUUCUCUUCAUUUCAGCUCUACAAAAACACAAUAGUGUCUCACUCAGUCUACGCCCCAACCAUCGAGCGAGUGAUUCACAUGAAGUGGCAUCCAAGCAAUGAGGACCUGGCUCAGGAAAGCAUACAUGAGCAAGAGGUCUACCUGAAGCACAAAGUGGCCAAACGAAAAAACUACGACGAAUGAAUCAAAACUAGACCAAUGGAUCAUAACUCAUCCAUGUAAUGAGAGAUAUUCUGUGUGGUGGCGCAUAACUGAGGUAUCCCAUAAUCUCAAAAACCAGAUUCUUUUGCAAUCACAGGUUAAAGAUUUCACUGUCUCAAAAAAGUAAUUCCAUUGUUAAACUGUUCUAUGUGAACUGCACAAUUGUUUGGCUCUGCAAAAACCAACAGUUCUACAUUCAGAGAUUUUCAGUCUUACCAUUAAAUAAGAAUAUUUCUUUUAAUAGAUUUUGGGAAAUUUCAAUAUGUGGAGUUAACUAUGGACCCUUUUUUACUACAAUGGGGCACAAUUGUUUCCCUUUGUUUUCUGCAACACAAUUGUUACAUUGUCAAUCUUUCAAUUCAGCUUACUCGAAUAUUUUUGCUGUGACAAAUUGGCAUUAAAUAACACUCCUGGUUGGAAAGGCCAAUACACUGGACCCUAAUUCCAUCUAAAGUCUGGUAUUUUGAUAUGGAAUUUGUUUGCUCCAACACCGUGGCUGGUUGGUGAAAUAUUGCAAGAUACUAUUAGGUGAAAUAGAAAGAUUUUUUUUUUUAUUCUAAUAUCAUAUUGUAACUCUGGCUUAACUAUUCAGCCUUCUUGUGCUUAUGUUAUAUAUCUUUGUACUCUGACUAUUGGAAAUGUCUGUAUUAUAUCUUUGUACUCUAAUAAUUGGAAAUCCAUACGGAAGUUGAAGAAAAAUCAUAUAGAUCAGAAUAAUGCACUUAGCUAAUCAGCUUUGUAAUACCUGGUAGAUGGUUUUUAGUUGUGACAGGUUUGUCAUAGCCUCAGAUGGUUUGACAGCAGUGACAAGAAAGGUGUGUGACCUGUUUGUCAAAGCUUCAGAUGGUUUUAUAACAGUGACAAGAUAGGCGCGUGACAUGUUCAUCAUAGCCUCAGGUGGUUUUAUAGCAGUGACAAGAUUAGUGUGUGACAGCUUGUUACAAUGAUAUUGACUGUUGUUUUUAUCAACCCAUUUAAAAAUGUUUAUGCUCAAAUAAUGUCGUUUUGAAGUAAUGUGUACUGUUCUAACUUAUUUGAAGACGAUGAUAAAAUGCAGAAUGGCUGAAGUAUGUCAGAAAAUAGUUACACUAAGGCUACUUAGAAAAAAAAUCUUAAAUGCGAUUGUGUUUUCAUCAAGCAAAAGUCAUGAAUGCCUUACACAAAAUUAGAAGGCAUUUUUGUUGACAUGGAAUGAAGAUUCACAGGUACUUCACUUAAACCCAACUUCUUUAUAUGACCAUACUGAAAAUGAUUUUCUGUAUUUGUAAUACCCUGUGACCAAAUGGAAUUAGCUUGUUACAUUAUGUUUCUAAAAAAAAAUUCAUGUCAUGCAUGUUACUUAAUACCUCAAAUUACCCCACCUACCUAAAUACAAGUUAUGUUAUAUUAAAGAUUAUGUCUUAGUUACUAAAUAAAUUGAUUCAUAUGAAUAAUGUGUGAAAACUCCCUUAGCUGGUGUAAAAAAAAUGAAGAAAGAUAAUCUAGAAUAAUGUAUCAUGUUCAAAGGGA